CCGUCGACUGCACCUGCGCAGACGGAGCGCGUCUCUGCUGGCGCACGUCGGGGCGCGCUGGCCCUUUAAGAGCGAUAAAAGACGACGGCUCCGCUCGCGACCGGCGCAUCGUUUCAUCCGUAAAAAGAGUACGGCCGCCCUCAUCAUCUCCUGACACCGCGGCGCGUGGAGCGUAAUCUCCCGAGCUCCACUUGAGCGUUUGCGGUGACCGGAGGAGAAAUGUGAGGCUGCGCGCGGCCGGUUUGCUCUCCGGUGCGUAAUUGAUUCGGACGUCCUGUGCGUUCGCCACGCUCACCUCACAUCGCCUCAGACGGCUUUGUUGGCAAAAUUAAAAAGUCCAAAAUGGAGGACAAACGCAAGAAGCGCAGCCCAAAGGUGUCGCUCCCCCAGCCUCCUCCUCCCCCCAUCAACCCUCGGAAGCUCUCCGUCCUGCCGGCCAGCAAAAGUGCCACCUUCUCCCUGGGCCUGCCGCAGCCCCCCUCCCCCAAGAACAGAGGCAAGUACAAGAGGUCCAUAGGAGCCGUGGGACAGCCCAGAGAGGUGUUCGCUGCUGUUGUAGCCCCGCCGAAAACCACCAGGCCCCAUAAGGAGAAGCCCAGGGCCCCCCAGCCUGCAGGGCCCAGUAAGGUCGUCCAGUCCUCCCCCCUGCAGCACUCCUUUCUCACAGAUGUCUCAGAUGUGAGAGAGAUGGAGGGCGGACUCCUCAAUCUGCUUAACGACUUCCACUCAGGCAAGCUGCAGGCUUUCGGCAAGGUGUGCUCCUUCGAGCAGCUGGAGCACGUGCGCGAGAUGCAAGAGAAGCUGGCUCGCCUGCACUUCAGCCUCGACAGUCACGUGGAGGAGCUUUCAGAGGACCAAAGGAAGUGUGCCUCCGACCACAACCUGGAACACCUGCUCUGUAACCUGGAGGAGCUCAGCACCUCAAUACAAAAGCUUCACCUAGCUGAGAACCAGGACCUGCCCAAGACAUCUGGCCCCUGACAGAGCGAGGCCUGGAGGGCAGCGCACACACAUUCAUCCUCUCCUAUCAUCCGCCCAGCCCAGGUUGCCAUGGCAUUGCUCCAGCUGCCUUAGUAACAGAAUGGAAAGAUCCGCCGGAGAGACGGCUGUUUUUCCAUUUGGUCAGUGACGCCGAGGGAACCGCACGGUGGCUCAAAGCACCGGAGCGUUAAAUGAACACUCAACCAAAAUAACAAACACCUCAGUCAUAGCCCGAGGAACGAGUGGAGCAGAAAUAUCAGAGGAAGACAUUAAGUUGUAGUUUAUAUUUUUCUUUUAUGCAUGUGUGCAAAUAAGAAACUUGAGCCAUAUUCAAGGAGCAUAUGUAUCUGGCCCUUGUCGACGUCACCACUGUGGUCAGCUCAGAGCUCUUAAGGAAGUUUCACUUUUGCUAAAAGAACUUCCUCCUUUUUAAACAUUUGUUAAACACUGGAAAACAGACUGUGACAGAUUUCUUUGACCUUUUAGUCAUUACUGUACUUUUUAAAGGGACUGGAUCUAAUGUAACAUAUGUGUUUCACUAGGUUAUGUGUAAAACGGAUCAUUUGUCGUGCAGUGUUCUGCUUGGGCCCAGUAGCAGCAUCUGUCAAAGCACAAAUCACUCCGCCCUGUUCCCGACAUGCAGUGAAGCCCCCCAGUUAUGUGUAGUUUACAGUGGCACUAUCCCGUUUUAUAUUUGGUUGUAUUUGCUUGCACUGGGUUUGAUAGCACAUUCACUGGGUGCUGCAUUGUUCUGUGCAGAACCACCUUUACAUGGCAGCUACGUUCAUAAUUAAAGACUUCAGUUGAAA